AUGGAAACCACAGAGCUGGGAAAUAAAACAGUCAUUACAGAAUUCAUUCUCAUGGGAUUUGGGAAUCUCCCUGGACUGCAAGUUCCACUCUUUCUGCUGUUUCUCAUGAUCUAUAUCAUGACCAUGUUUGGGAACAUCCUCAUUGUUGUGCUGAUUGGGACUGAUCGAUGCCUUCAGACUCCCAUGUAUUUCUUCCUUGGGAACUUGUCCUGCUUGGAAACCUGCUACAUCUCCACAAUCCUGCCCAGGGUGCUUGCUAGCUUCCUGACUGAGGAUAGGACCAUAUCCGUUAGGGGAUGCCUCAUUCAGUAUUAUUUUUUUGGGAUCCUGGCAGGUUCUGAAUGUUAUCUUCUCACAGCAAUGUCUUAUGAUCGCUAUUUAGCAGUAUGUAAACCACUGCACUAUGCAUCGAUUAUGAAUAGGAGGCUUUGCCUAUGGCUAACAAUUGGCUUUUAUAUAAGUGGCGGUCUGGCUAAUACUAUUGUAGUGUUUUUCAUGUCACAACUAACUUUCUGUAGCUAUAGUGAAAUCAACCAUUUCUUUUGUGAUUUCCCACAAUUCUCGCUUGCUUGCAGUAACACCCUUGAGAUGGAACUUGCCAUGUCCAUUAUUUGUUCUCUUUGCACUUUCCCUCCUUCUCUAUUAACAGUAAUAUCCUAUGUUUAUAUUAUCACCACCAUAUUCAAAAUUCCUUCCACCACAGGAAGGCAAAAAGCAUUUUCCACCUGCUCCUCUCACCUCAUCAUGGUGACAGUUUUCUAUGGGACUCUAAUUAUUGUGUACCUGCUACCAAAAUCCAACACAAUGCGAGACCUCAACAAGGUGUUCUCUGUCUUCUACACUGUCUUGACUCCCCUACUCAAUCCCCUCGUUUACCGCCUGAGAAACAAAGAUGUCAAGGAGUCCAUAAGGAAAGCUGUCAGGAAAUACGUAGAUUUUGUAAGAACCCAGAAAGCAUUUGCCAUUUUUUUUAAGGUUCACAGGAAGAAGAUGGCCUGGUAG